UGCGGGUGGCUCAUCGCGCCUGCGACGACCGAGACACUGCUCGAAAACUUUACCGAAUUGUGGCCGCAGACUGUUGCGAACCUGCCCAACCUUCGCUUUGUAGAGCAAUUCGAUUCCACCGAUGAGUCUCCAGCUGCCUGUUCACAACCCUACGCCUACGUUGCAGACAUCUGCGAACAGGUCAAGUUGGGCAUUGAGGUGGACGAGGUUCGGGGAAAAGGUCUAGGCGAUGAACAAUGGAAUGCACUCAUGGAGUUGAGAGACAAGCUUGCGCCGGAUGAGAAGGUUGGCUGGUUCGUGGUUGUUUGUGGGGACGAAGAUCGCACAGAUACAGGCCUGGAAGAGGAGGAAGAGGAGGAAGUUUAUGCGACAAAUACGACAUUGCCAGUCGGGCUACCAGUUCGGGGAGCGGCGCAUACUCGACCGGUUACGUCCAAAGAAGGCGGCUAUAAUGGAGCUACGCCCGAGACUACCUACACCAACUACAGCGACACGACGAGUUCACGACGUAGCAGGCAAAGCAGAAAUAGCAGCGAACGUACCCCUACCGUCACGACAGCACCGACAGCAAGUCCCAGUCUUGAGUCACCACGCGAGAAGAAAGGUCUACGCAAGAUGUUCAGUAUGGUGAGGCAGAAGAGCAUGUCGAGUUUGCGUAGCAAGAAGAGCUCCAAGAGCCUACGCGAAACAGCGCGUAGCGAUUCAGGCUCAGCACCACCACCAGUGCCAGCAGUACCGUCCAUGGCUCAAUCACCCAGACCA